AUGACUCGCCGAUUAGUUCCACCCGCCAAUAGGGACGAAGGUCAAUGCCUCAAGCAGGUGGCUCUGCGAAUUAGGGAUAUACCGACAUUGUUAAGCUUUGGGUUGGCCAGCAAAGCAUGCCACGCGAUCGUCUUCAGUACUCCACAAAUUUGGAUUCGUUUUUUGCGACAAAUUCAGUUUUGGGAUCCCAAGGAGUUCAGACGAAGAGAACGGUUGAGAAAAGAGGGUAAUGAGGGUUGGGGCGAAAAUCGGGAUCGUGUUCAGCAGGUGCUGUCCAUUAACGAGGAGAUGACGCCAAUCAAUUGUCUUGACCGGCCGAUAUAUGAUCCCGAUCUCGCUCUAGAACAGUUUAGGAAGAUUUACUCGCUAUUGGCACCAAUUCUGAGAGAUUUGGUGGUGAAAAAUUACUCCAAUUUCCAGAAACUCAAUGUGUUCGUGAAGUACAAUACACCAGAAUCGCAGUCUUUGCUGUUCCACAAUGUGUCCCGAUUUAUCAACAUUUUCAAGUUUACUUCAGGUUUUAAGAGCAUGGCGAUACGACUGAAUGCCAUAGUGGAGGUUUUUGCAAACAGCGUUGUGCGAGAGAUUGACAUCAAUUACGAGAAGAGAGACCACAAGGAGUGCUUUCGACUGAUCAAAGUGCUGAACAACUUGUCACUGGAAAACUAUGAUUCUGCUGCCAUAACUGUGGAGAGCUCUGAGAAGAUUCUGGAGUUUUUCAUAAACAAGUAUGUGGAGUCCUACGUGUUCCUGACGUCUGAUAACCUUGUGGAGAAGACCAUAGUGAAGGUAGGACACUCUUCGAAACGUGGAGUGGUGAAGGGCCAUGAGUUUUUAUUUGCCAGUUUUGAUGACAUUUUAUCACAGAUUGGAGAUAUCUUAAAUUCGCAGUUUGAAGAUGCCACACUGAUAUUCCAGCAUUCAACCGACGAAAGGUUAGACCAGAUGCCCAUCAUCCUGAAGAUAAUGGAGACUUUGUUAAGCAGUUAUCUGAUUGGUGGUUUUUGUGAGGAGUUGAUUUCCAGGGCGAAAGAAAUUGACGCAACGCUGGAUAUGGAUAUUGCUGGAAUAGAGGAGCCGAUUGCAGUGGUGGAAAAGCCAAAUGAAACAGGUGAACGUGACUCGCUUGAGGAUCCUGGUGAUGUUCAUGAUUUGGAUGAUCUUGAGCGUUUGGCCAGUCCUACCAAGGCACAAUCCUCCGAGUCAGAUCCAAGAAUAAACGUCAUGAAUGAGUCCUCCCUGUAUUUCCAAGUGGUGCCCCAUGUCUACCAGGCCAUGAUCCAGACGUUCAAGGAUCUGAAAUAUCCACAGUCUAGACUCGCCAAUGGCGAGGAUUACUUCAGGGUUGCAACCGAAUUGAUCAACUUCUACUACGAGCCAAACAUUCUGGAGUUUAUUGAACUUUUGCCGCGCCAAUGUCACGCCUCGCUGGUCUUGCUCGUAGACGCAUGGGAGGGCGAUCUCACUGAGCGUGAGAAUAUCCAGCAACAAGAGAUUCUAAAGAUGGUAACCGAGCAGGAUAAGGAUGAGAAAAAGUUAUUCAAACUUGACAUUAUCUCGGGCGGAAAAGAGAUCUUGACCGGAUUUACGAAUAUCUUCAAAAUGAGUAAAUCAGAAACGAACGAAAUGGCGAAGGAUACGCGACUCGACGAGCACCAGAACAAAACUCUCACCAAGUUUGCUGCAAAUCUACAGAUUUUAACCAAUAAUGUGAACAAUAUCACGUCUUUGGUGAGUAUGGACCUGACUGUAUACGCCUUGCAGCAUGUGAAAAACAGUUUCACCCUUCUGAUGAGUCUUUAUGGUGGUGACGAGGGGCAUACCACAACAGAAGUCCGAGAGAAAAUCAACCACACAUGUCAGGAGAUAUACAAUGAUGCUCUGACAGUACUAAUAGACACUCACAUCAAGACUGGUUUUGACGAAGCGAUUUCCAGACUCAGAAAUUACAAUCCAACGGAGCUCAAGAGCAUGAUGGACAACGAACAUAAUUCCGAGGUUGAGCCUUUACGAAGGUUUGUGGAGCUAGUCAAUGUUGCCGAUCUGAUCCAGCAAAUGAUCUCUAUCUUUUAUGAAGAAGAACUAGUGGCCAAGCAUAUCGUCUAUGUGAAGGCUAAACAGAAAAGAGACUUCCUGUCAGCCAACAAAUGUGAGAAGACUAUGGCAAAACUUGAGUCGAUGCUUGACUCAUAUGUGGCUGACGGUUUCAGCAUCAGUAUUGAUGUGAUCAUAAACGAACUGACCUAUGCGAUCUUGAAAGAUCUCGAUGAGAAGACUUACGCCAUUUCAGAGAAUGACCUGGCUAAGCCAGAGUUUUCCCAACAUUUAGGAAGUGCCUCCAGCUGGGCAGUUGAAGUCGUGAGGAUCUUGAAUACGCAUUUCAGGCUCUUAUCCGGGUCUAUUGAAAAGCAAAUGGUUGAUGUUUUCAGACAGGAAAUUGGGGAAAGAUUUGUGAGGAUAUUGAUCAAGUUGAUCACGAAAAAGCUCACGAUUUCAACCACCGGGGCUAUCUUCCUCAUAUCGGAUCUCAACCAUUUCUACAACUUUUUUCUUGGUUUACGACAGAAGACUACCGUGGGGUACUUGACUGCCCUCAAGACGAUUUCGCAAUUGUAUCUGAUUGACGGUUCUACGAAGCAGGGUGCAAGAGAUGUUGGUAAGCUGGUGAUGAAGAUAGGAAGGGAUAAUGGCAUGUUCAGUCCUGAAGAGGUUUACCAGUUCGUUUCAAGACGAUCCGACUGGAAUACUAUCAAGACAGAUGUCGACAAAAUCAUGUACGGCUUGGGUAUUGAGGACUGUCAGAUCGUAUAG